UUCUGUCAAUAGGAAAAUCUGUAAUGAUAACCGAGACUGCUGAAGCUGUCAUUUUGAUAAACAUAAAACGGAAUAUUUUGCCGUGGAGAAUUCAAUUUUAUUUCUGUACCAGUCGAGUUUGUACUUCGUAACGACUCAAUAACGAGGAUUAUAUGAAUAAUUGAUCAAGUAAUCGGACACCAGCUAAGGGAUCGCAAUUCCCAUUCAACAAGUCUCGCGUCACCCAUCAUGCCUGUUGAAGGCAUUACCAAGGCAACCAAAUCUAAAGGAGUUCGCAUGAUCAGAAGGCACAGAAGUCAUACAGAGGGUACCCACACCGACCGUCCUAGCAUGAGUCGUUACCGUGACGAUGUGGAGACAGAUGGCAUGCCGUCUGCAUUAAGAGACAGACUAUAUGAUUUAUUCGGUCAGAUUGAAAAAGAAUUUGAUACGUUGUAUACUGCAAAUAUAACAUUACAAGAAAGAGUUGAUGCAUUAAAUGAAAAGAUAGAAGUUAGUUCGACAUCUGAUAAACAAUUGAUUGAUUCACAGGAUACACCAGAUCUAGGAUCAAAACCUAAACGAUCAGCAAGUCAGAUUUCACAGAAGAUUAAAACUACAUACAAAGUUUCUACUAGUAAAAUAGUUUCUAGUUUCCGUGCUCCGACAUCCUCGUUUACGUACGUACGAGAUUAUCGUGGACAUCGAGAUGGCGUGUGGGAGGUCAAACUCUCCAAGUCAGAUCCUCACGUUAUUGGAACAGCGUCUGCAGAUCAUACAGCGAGAUUAUUUUCUAUUGAAACUGGAAUAUGUUUACUGCGUUACACUGGACAUCAGGGAUCAGUAAACUCUAUUAGGUUUCAUCCUAAUAAGGACUUGGUAUUGACAGGGUCAGGUGAUGAACGUGCCCAUAUAUGGAGUAGUCAGGUGACUCUACCUUCUCACGGAGAAGUUGUGAAAUCUCAUUCAUCUGGUGAAGAUGAUCUCGAUGGAUCAGAGAAAGAAGAAAUGAUGGAAGAUCAAGAUCAAGUUACUGAUUGCGUUACGCAGAGAUCACCUUUAAUGGAGUUGUCUGGUCAUGUGGGUGUUAUUAUAGCAGCUGAUUGGAUGGCUGGAGGAACACAAGCUGUUACAGCAUCAUGGGAUAGAACGGCUAUUUUACACGAUACAGAAUCAGGGGAGAUAAUAAAUACUCUAACAGGUCAUGAUCAAGAAUUAACAGAAGUAGAAGCUCACCCGUCACAGAGAAUGGCCGUCACAUGUUCUAAAGAUACAACAUUUCGACUGUGGGAUUUCCGUGCACCGGCCAUGUUGGUUAACGUAUUUCAAGGACAUACACAACCAGUAACUACGGCUGUAUUUGCUAGUAACGAUCGUGUUAUAUCUGGUAGUGAUGACAGACGUGCUAAAAUCUGGGAUUUACGAAAUAUGAGAUCGCCCAUAGCAACCAUUCAGUGUGAUUCAGCCAUCAACAGAUUAGCAGUUUGUGAUGCGACUCAGAUUAUAGCCAUUCCACAAGAUAAUCGGCACGUUAAAUUAUGUGAUAUAAAUGGUAACAGAAUUGGACGUCUGCCCAGAUCUAGUAGACAGGGUCAUACUCGGAUGGUUACGUCAGUCAGCUGGGCUGCCGACACAUCAACCAAUCUAUUUACAUGUGGUUUUGAUCGUCAAGUCCUCGGAUGGCAGGUCUGGAUUCAACCCAAAGACAAGGAGUAAAUUAAAACGGAUCUAACAUAGCAUAAUUCUCUCAAAUUACAGAUUCUCUAAUCAAAUCUUAAUUAAAAUAAGAUGUUGUUUGUAAAAUGGAUAAUUUAACACAAUCUGAUUAAAACACAGAUCAAAUUUCGUUUCGUUUUUUAUAGUUCAAAAUUUCCUUUUACUUGUCUUUACUACACUAGGAUCUGGAAAGUUGUUAUAUAACCUGCAUUCUGGUUGAUGUGAAGGAUUAACCAAUGAAAUGGUCUGUUACGGCAAGUUUUUGGUUUGAGGUGCACAGAACUGUGGGUAACCCACUAGAAACAUCAACGCGGAUAUGACCUCUGAUGCAACCUUCCACUACAAACGGUCAGAUCUUCGUGUAGUAGAGGCCAUCGAAAGUAUAAAAAUAAAAGACACGAAAUAUAGAUCUGUGUUAUAAUCAGAUUGAAUUUAACAUGGCAUAAUUCUAUUAAAUCUUAGUACACAUGUUAGAAAAUAAACUAACCAACAGUAAUAAAUCAGGUGGCCAUUCUUCUAGUGAUACAUUUGUUGUAAGAAUUAAAAAACAGGUCACAAGACUGACAUAUUAUCUAACAUUAAUUACAAUACACAUUAUCCAACAUUAAUUACAAUACACAUUAUCUUACAUAAAUUGAAUUAAUUACAAUACACACAAUCUAACAUAAAUUACAAUACACAUUAUCUAGCAUUAAUUGAAAUAAUUACAAUACACAUACAUAUUAUCUAACAUCUUUUACAAUACACAUUAUUUAACAUUAAUUACAAUACACAUUAUCUAACAUGAAUUACAAUACACAUUAUCUAACAUCAAUUACAAUACACACUAUCUAACAUCAAUUACAAUACACAUUAUCUAACAUCAAUUACAAUAAGUACAAUACACAUUAUCUAACAUUAAUUACAAUAAGUUCAGUACACAUUAUCUAACAUUAAUUAAAAUAAAUUCAAUACACAUUAUCUAACAUUAAUUGAAUUAAUUACAAUACACAUUAUCUAACAUGAAUUGAAAUAAGUUCAAUAAACAUAAAUUACAAUACACAUUAUCUAACAUUAAUUGAAUUAAAUACACAUUACAUUGUUAUAUAGUUAACAUGGAUAUCUUUAUUAACCAGUACAUUGGUUAUUACAUGGAUUACCUUACUUGGCUCAAGAUUUACUCAAUUUUCAAACAGUUGUUUGUAAUGCUCAACAUAAAAUAUACUAUUUAAAAUACUAUUAAUAUUUUAUUGUGUCGAUGUUUAAAAAAAAAAAUACAUUGACACUAUUUGGGCUGUUGGUCAGAAGUUUGAGCAGUUGUUGAAUUCAAGGGAAAAUGAUUUACUGCUCAGGCUGGUUUUAAAAAAAACCCAAAAAAAACCACUAUUUAGACUGUUGUUCAGAAGUUAGAUCAGUUGUUGAAUUCAAGGAAAAAUGAUUUAUUGCCCUGGCUGGAUUUUAAAAAAAAACGACCCAAAACACACAAUUUUUUACAUCUGUUGUAAAUUUGGCUGUGGGUCAGUUACAGUUUAGAGCAAUUCUUAAAUACAAUGAGAAAUGAUUCACUGCCUUGGCUGGAUUUUGUUUAAAAAAAACACCCAAAAAACAGCAUUUUGAUGUGAUUGUAUUUAGGCAUGGGUCAGUUACAAGUUGAGCAGUUCUUGAAUUCCAUGAAAAAGAAAUUCACAAUCCUGACUGGAUUUUGUAAAAUGUAAAUGUGUAUAUGUUAGAGUGGAGUAAGAAUCUUAACAUAUGGUCAGAUAUUUUAGAAUUUGUGGUGGGGGGAGGGGUGUAAUUUCAUGAUUUUAAACUAAAUGUGAGUUAUAUGUUAAUAAUUUAAUAAUACUACAGGGUCGAGCAAAGGGAUCGGUGGCCUCCAUUUCUAUGGGGAACCCAAUCAAAGCUGUUAACAUUGUUGUAUAACCUGCCCAACUUAAUUGGAAUAAAAAAGUUUAUUUCAUCUGUUCUGACAUAUUCAAAAUAAUAAUUAUAAUAAUUUAUCAUCUCCAACACAAGGGUUGCUCAGUGUCUUCCUAUCUCUUGAGUCUUGGGUGUAUACAACCAAGGAGUCGGCUAGGGCCUCGGCCCUGGGCAUCACCAAACAUAUUGUUGAAACUGAUAUUAUUUACAACAUUUAAAAUGGUGGAAAGUUGAUAACAUAAACUUAGUUAAAGAUACAUUAUUUAAGAUUUAGAUAAAAAGCUGACUGUUCUCGCUGUACUAGUUCAAAAAUAGAAAAUGAAAAUCUAAGCUAAGUUAGGGCUGUUUAGAGAAUAGCAGUCUCAAUUAUCAUUGCUACCGUUGUUACGAUUGUAAACAAAGUCUCAAUGAUCCAUUUUUUUGGGGUUGAAUCAUUAGCUUAUCUUGUUUAAAUCCAUGCAUCCGAUGGCAUCGACAGUUGAUUAUGGUCUUUGCAAGUUAAUAAAUGUCUAAUUAAUAGUUUAGAUAACAUUUAAGGCCUAAAGAAAGACCUGCAGUAUGUAGAUUUAUCUUUUGCAUAAUGUAUGUUUAAGAUUUGGUUGUUUUGUUGGCGUAUUCUACAAUAAAAAAAAACAGUAUUUAUUCAAGUGCUAAGGGUUUAACAUACUUGAAAGAAUCAAUCAAAAAAAAAACCCCAAAACAACACAAAUCAGAAAAACAAAGUAGUAAUAAAAUUAACACUUGAACUUUAACAUUUACAAAUCAGUGAGGUCUCGCUGCUUUAAAUAAACUUAUAGAUUUUAAAAAUGUAAUGAAUUUGUACAUAAUAAUAUACAUAUAAUAUUGUGCUUGUAAAUAUUGUAUUAUUUAUUUAUCCUUGCUUUAUAUGUUUUUAGAGAGGGCUGGGGGUGGCUAAAUCUGAUUAAAACACAGAUCCUAUUUCGUUUCAUUUUUUUAUAGUUCAAAAUUUCGUUUUGUCUUUACUACACUAGGAUUUGGAAGAGUUGUUAUAUUACCGGAGAUCUGGUUGAAGUAAGGGAUUAGCCAAUAAAACGGUCUGUUACAGCGAGUUCUUGGCGUGCGAUGCACGGAACUGUGGGUAACCCACUAGAAACGUCAAAGCUGAUUGAUUAAUCAAUGUCUGACGUCAUAGGGUCAAAAGCCACUCAUACAACCUCUGACCCGACGUUCCAGUACAACCGGUCAGAUCUUCAUGUAGUGUAGGCCAUCGAAAGUAUAAAAAAAUGAAAUGAAACGAAAUAUAGAUCUGUAUUUUAAUCAAAUUGGGGGGCCAAAUGGUUUACUGCGUGCGUGUAAGAUUUGUUAUUGAGUCAAAUGACACAAUUUCAAUUCCCUGCUUGGAGUAGGGUAGUUGGUUCAAUGGUUAACUCAACCCCAUGGGUUUUUUCUGGGUUCUCCGGUUUCCUCCCACUGCGAAAGACCCCUACGCGUAAGUGAUUUAUUGAAAUAAGAUUGCACCAUAUGUUAGUCCCGAAAUGACCUUGUUUGUGUCAAAUAGAUGUUAACCCCAAUCUCUCUCUCUCUCUUUUAUGUGUUUGCUUUGUUAGAUCAGUAAUUAAUACAUUCUACUCUCGUGACAUUCAUGUGCUCGAUCAAAAUAAAACAAUACUUAUAGAUGCCUUAUGUACGAUUUAGAUAAAGAGCUGGAUGUUCUUGCUAACACGUUUAAAAAUAGAUCAUGAGAAAUUAAUAUCUCUAAAAUUUUAUUUAGCUUACUUUAUUCUAAGCGAUGUUAUAAGUGUUUGAAGUUUUGACAAGAUGUAGCAUAGAUUGGUUAUUGCCGUAGCAACAGUACUGGACAGUCGAGACUAAAUCUCAAUUAUCCAUUUUAUCAGUUAAAUUUUUUAAUUCUGUCGGGUUUUCUAAUCCAUUUUAAUCUCGGCCAUCCGAUAGUCUAGAGGGCUGAAUAUAGGCUUGUCAUGUGACUAAAUGUUUUAAUAUUUAAUAGUUUAUAUAACAUUUAAAUCCAAAAGAAAGACAUGGCAGUAAGCAGAUUUAGCUCUUACAUCUUUAUGCAUCUUUCAUAAAAAUUGAGCCAUGAAAAUUUGACCUUCUCCGAAAAAAUGCGAAUAGCAAUAACCAUCUUUUAGUUUUCAUGUAAAUAAAUCCAAGUAUAUGACCUUUUUUUUUAUAGGAGUUUCAUUUGAUGUUAAACGUUAUUUAUGUACAUUUUUCCGUUUAAAUAAUGAUUCACAGAAUUACAUGAAAACAUCGAAUGAAGGUUAGAUGAACAGAAUGAUAUUCAUGUUAUUCUCUAUGUCGUCAGGUCUUCAUGAAAUAUCAGAAUUUAUUGGUCAUUAUACACAUUGAAUCAGCUGUACAAGUAAUAUCUGCCCUCAAAAGUUUUAAAAUAUUUAAACAGUAAUGAUGAACCACAUGAACAAAAUAUGGACUUUCAUUUUGAUCUGAGCGAAUUAUAUUGUUUGUAUAUUACAAAGCAUAAUAAAUCUUUGGACAGUCUAUAACUGAUAUAUCUGAUAUACACCAGUGUAUAACUGAUAAACACCAGUAUAUAUCUGAUAUACACCAGUGUAUAACUGAUACUCACCAGUAUAUAACUGAUAAACACCAGUAUUUAACUGAUAUACACCAGUAUAUAACUGAUAUACACCAGUGUAUAUCUGAUAUAAACCAGUGUAUAACUGAUACUCUCUAGUAUAUAACUGAUACUCUCUAGUAUAUAACUGAUACUCACUAGUAUAUUCUGAUAUACACCAGUGUAUAUCUGAUAUAAACCAGUAUAUAACUGAUAUACACCAAUAUAUAUCUGAUAUUCACCAGUGUAUAACUGAUACUCACUAGUAUAUAACUAAUAUACAUCAGUGUAUAAUGGAUACUCACCGGUUAAUAUUAUAGAAGGGUACAAGAUAAAGAAUAAAAAGUGCCUGUCAGGUGCACUAGCUUGUUGACCUAAUUAUCUUCAAGGGAAUACAUCUUUUAAUGUUUGUUGAUAAAUAAAAGUUGUUAAAGAAAACUUACAUUAAUAAUAAAUGUAUUUAAAUAUUA